AUGGGGCCGCGCCGUGAUGGGCCGGGACGGGGACGAGGACGAGCCGCCGCCGGCGUCGCCACAGAGAGCGAGGACGAGGCGGCCGCGGAGCAGCUGCUCGGGGGGCUGGAGCCGGCGGAGGAGAGCUCUGGCUCCAGCGACGAGAGCGACGACGGCGGGAGCGUGGUGGGGGCUGGCGGGAAAGAUCAGUCUGACAUGUCUUUUGAGGAACUCCUGAGGGUGCAGAGUGAUGCAAGGACAAGAGUGAGCAGGAAGGUGCCCGGUGGGAAGAAAACUGCAAAGCCUACCAAAGCUACACUGAAGCAGCAACAAGGCAAAAAGGGGCCAUUGGAGAUGUCAGCCAAGAAGCCUGUACCUUUCCUGCGACAAGUUGUCCCUGUUAGGAAGAAGGUCCAGAGAGACCCUCGAUUUGAUGACCUGUCUGGAGAGUAUAAGCCUGAAAUAUUUAUGAAGACAUACAGCUUCCUGGACAGCAUCAAGAAGCAGGAGAAGGAGAUGGUUCAGAAGCAGCUGAAGAAAUGCCGGAACAUGGAAAAGAAGGAGAAACUUCAGCGGCUCCUGAACCGUAUGACACAGCAGGAACAGGCACAGAAAAAACAGCAGAAGUUGAGAGAGAGGGAGCUGUCUUUGAAAAGACAACAGAGGGAAUUGGCCAAGCAGGGAAAGAAACCCUUCUUCCUAAAGAAAUCUGAGAAGCGGAAAUUGGAGCUAGCUGAGAAGUAUGCAGAGCUGAAGAGGAGUGGAAAGCUGGAGAGCUUCCUGAACAAGAAGAGGAAGAGGAAUGCCAUCAAAGACAAGCGCCAUCUGCCCUCACAGAAGAACUUGUGA